AUGAAGUUUUCAACAUGCUUAGUUACUCUUACAACAGCUUGGGGCACGGCUGCCCAGAACCCUCAUCUAGAGGAGGGCAAGUGGAAGGCCCCGGGCGCAAACGAUUUUCGCGGACCCUGUCCUAUGAUGAACACACUGGCCAACCAUGGAUAUAUUCCCCGCGAUGGAAGAAAUAUUACGAGACCCAACAUUAUUUCAGGCUUAGCAGCGGGGCUCAACUUCAAGGAGCCUCUCGCAAGUCUAAUGUUCGACAUGGCGAUCGUUGCGAACCCCGAGCCGAACGCCACGUACUUUACACUUGACCAUCUUAACCAGCAUAACGUCCUUGAGCACGACGCGAGCCUCAGCCGCACUGAUGCCUAUUUCGGGAGCAACCAUAUUUUCAAUGCGACCAUCUACGAAAAGUCAAAGGCUUACUGGACUGAACCUACCAUUACUGCUCAGAUGCUGGCCAACAGCAAACUCGCCCGCCAAGUUGAAUCUAGAGCCUUCAACCCGACGUACAGAUUCACUGCCGAUACGGAAAACUUUAGUCUUGGCGAGAUUGCUGCACCCAUCAUCGCAUUUGGGGACAUGGCUCUGGGAGAAGUCAACCGUACCCUCGUAGAUUACUUCUUCGUCAAUGAACGACUGCCCGCCGAGUUAGGAUGGCACAAGAAGGACGUGGCCAUUGGUAUUGAGGAUAUUCUUAAAGUAUCUGACAUAAUUAAGGCCGCGACAAGUCUUAUCACUGGCCCUGAUCAAUCUAACCCUGGGAACAAACGGGAUUUGCACGCUGGAAUGCACACCUAG